GGCCAGCUGAGCAUCCUUUGACUCCAGCGCUUCGACCCGUGCUUUGCCCUGGACUACCGGAUCUGACUCCGCUGCCCUUUCUAACAGGUUUUCUAAGCUGAAGCAGUUUUUGGGAGCUGCCGAUAUGGUUGGUCUCAGCUACAAAGGAUUGGCAGCCACUCUGCAGAACAUUCUGGAGUAACUGUGUUUGACUGGAACCAUACCUUGUGAACUCUCUAAGGAUGAGAGUCUGUGCUAAGUGGAGGCUGCCGCUGUCACCCUGGCUGCUUCUGGCCUGUGUGCUAAUGGUCUGCUGUAAGCUGAUGUCCGCCUCGAGCCAGCACCUCCGGGGACAGGCAGGCCACCACGUCAUCAAGCAGGGUACCUGUGAGGUAGUCGCUGUGCACCGCUGCUGCAAUAAGAACCGCAUAGAGGAACGCUCUCAAACUGUCAAAUGUUCCUGUUUCCCAGGCCAGGUGGCCGGCACAACUCGAGCGCAGCCUUCUUGUGUUGAAGCUUCCAUUGUGAUUGAGAAGUGGUGGUGCCACAUGGAUCCUUGCUUGGAAGGAGAGGACUGCCGAGUCCUUCCGGACUCCUCGGGUUGGUCCUGUAGCAGUGGCAAUAAAGUCAAAACCACUAAGGCAAGUACGAACAAAAGGUAA